AUGCUGAGCCAACACCUGCGCCGCCGGGCGGCGCGGCUCGUGCGGGAAGCGUCGACGUUCCAUCUCUCGACGAGCCAGGAAGCGCUACUGGCCUCUGUGGCGCCAGGCCGCGUGAGCAUCGUCCGCGGCCUUCCAGGCACGGGCAAGACCACCGCGGGGGCCUCGCUGCUCGGCAGCGCCACGACGCCGACGCUCGCGUUGACACCCCAUGGCUUUGACUCGUCAUUGCGCCGGCGCGUUGAAGCCCACACGCCAAUUGGAUUUCUCGAGGCGCAAGACGAUGUGCGAUUGCUCUCGAUCGGCGCGUGGAGCGAGCGCUUCCGCAGCGACUACGGCCACACGGCCACCGAGAGAGUGCUCAGCCACACGGCCGCCAAGAUCUUUUCGGCGCCCAUGCUGCGCACGGCAGUUAGCGACACGCUGCGCUGCUUCAACGAGCUCGAGCGCUACGGCGUGUCGCCAAGUGCGUACGCCAAUUACAUUCAAACCGCGCUGACGGACCCGGCAACCGCGCGCCUCUCUGCGCAAUCGUUUCUAGACGUGCUCGCGAACCAAACCGACCUGUGCGACGCGUAUACGGCGUACCGAGAUCUGUUGCACGAGGCGCAUUGCAACACGCAUGACGGCGUUGUCCUCGACGCACUCGAGCUCGUCGAGACGCACCCGUACUACCUCCACGCCUCGCUGGCCACAACGGCGCAGUUCGUCGUCGACGACCUGCACCUCUGGAGCCCCGGGGCCGUUUUGCUACUCGCGCGCAUGAUGCUCGCGUCGGCCGAGAAAGCGUGGAUCCUCUUCUCGGACCCGUCGUUGCCUGGACCCCUCGAUCAGCUGCGCAUGGGCAAGGACUUCACUGAGAGUACUUGGUCGGCACCAGCGGUUGCGCCGACUGGCAUGCACGCCAUGGCCUACGACAUCCUCACCAAGGCAUCCAACGUGGUGUUGCCACCGUCGGUGCAGCUCGUUGCGCACACCAGCAAGAACGAAGUGUCGAGCAUGGCUGCUGCGAUUCGCGACAAGCACGCGCGUGGCGAGCGCCUGCUCGUGGUCCUUGGCGAGGCGGCGCGCGUCGACGACCUCGUCGCGGAGCUGCAAGCACUGCACGUGCCGCACCUUUCGCUCGAGCCAAGAGACUUGUUUGAAACGGAUGUCGUCUCCACGGCGUACUCGCUCCUCCAGACGCUGGCGUCGCCGUCCGACUCGAAGCACCUCUUUCACCUUCUCAAUACAUCGCCCGAGAUGGACCCCGUCGUGCUCGCACGCAUCAUGGAGUCGUCCACGUCGCGACACAUAGACCUGUACGAGACACUCGUGUUGGCCGGGCCCGACCACCCGCCGAUUGCUGCCUUUUUGAAGCGCUUCCAGACACUGCGCGACGCGGCCAUGAAGCUCUCGUGCGCCGAGCUACUGCAUCUCUACUUGACCGAAUCAGGCACAUUGGAGGCGCUCCUCCACCCGGCCAACGAACACGAUGUCGCUCGAUCCGAGGCACUUGCGGCCUUUCUUGACGUCGUCCUCGACGCCCAGCGACACAAGCAGUCGCCGUGCGUCCCGUUUGUUGUGCCAUAUUUGACGCAGCUCCGCGAGACCGGCCGCUUACGGGCUCCGAGCAGCCUCACCUUUGCGCUGGACGACGCCCUGACCGACCACCGAGUGCUGGUGGCCUCCCAGCGAUCCGCGUGGCGACUCCCGUCGCACGUCCAGGUCGACACGCUGAUGCUACUGCAGUGGCAUGACAAGGCUUUUCCCGGCCGGAAGCCCCGAGGCAUCGGAGCCGGCAUUCUGCCAUCAAGCCUACUCGAAGCGCAGGCGGGCUGCAAGUCGUCGGGCCGCGACGAAUACUUGGAUACAUGCCGGCAGCGCUUGGCCUCGCUUCUGCUCCGUGCGAGGGCCUCCGUGCUCAUCUCGCAUACCGCCGAUGCACCAAUCUCGAGACUGCUUGCGCCGUGGGCGUCGUUUGUGGCCACCACGACCGAUCGCGUCAGUCACGAGGACGCCACGCCACCGCCGACUGCCGUCGUCGUCGACACCAACGCGCCGUUGCCAUUGCACCACUUGUCCUUUUCGCAAAUCGACGAGUACAUGCGCUGCCCGCACCGCUAUUACCUCUCGCGCGUGCUCGGGCUCGAACCCAAGGCCAACUCGAGCAUGGUAUACGGCCGCAGUCUCCACGAAGCCAUUGCGACCUACGCGUCGGUCGCGCCGCAUGCCUCUGCCUCGGAGGACGCCCUGGCCGCUUUUGCAAAGGCGUGGACUCCUGGCAGCUGCCGGUCGCUUGCUGAAGAGCGCAUGCUUCAAGCCCAGGGCGCCGCCGCCCUGCGCUCGUUCAUAGCCUACGAAGCCGAUCGCACCAGCUACAUCGAGUGCAUUGAACAAGAGUUUGAGUUUCACGUGCCCGAGGCGAACGUGCUGUUUCGAGGCGUGUGGGACCGCGUCGAGCGACGGGCCGAAGACGACGUGUUCAUUGUCGAGUUCAAGUCCAACUUGGCCGAUGCAGCCCGGGACAACCAAAGGCUCGCAGACGAAAGCCUCCAGCUCAAGCUGUACAUGCUCGCGUACCAUCGCUUGACCGGAACGCCGCCCAAAGGCGCAGUCCUCCGGUCGCUCGAGACCAGCCACGGACGCAACGCGCCGGGAGUUGUCGCGCACUCGGUCGAGACCGACGACGCGGCGCUAAGCGCGAUUCAAGUGACCGCUCGGGCGAUCCGAGCGCGCUCUUUUGACGCGACGCCGUCGUUCCUUGGCUGCGCGUUCUGCGCGUUCCGCGAUAUCUGCGAGAAGAAGGCGGCGAGUGCCUAAUGCACGUCCUCUAAGAACUUACCGUCCUGGAGGCACGACGAUCCUGAUCGCAUCCAGCUAAUUGUACGAGAGCGGCUGGCGACGACAUAUUAC